AUGGAGCGGAGGACAAAUGCUCUAGUCACUUUUCUAACAAGAACUCCGUUCCCAUCAGUUUCAACGUAUAUUGCGCUCUCGGCGUUUCUUUCUUCAGUGGCCACCGCCGCCCUACUCCACACUUUUAGAAAUCAACCCGGGUUGGAUGACCUUAUCAAGGAUGAACUACUCAAUAACACUUCAUUGGCUCCAGAACUUAUACAAACCUUAUCGGAAUAUAGCUUAUUUCGGGUUAUUUACUACGUGCUGUCGAACCAGCCACUUACUUGGGUCUUGGUUAAUACGUACUUUGCUUUUCUUGCCCUUGGAGCCAAGCUUCUGAUUAGAUGGGCGUUCCGCGAUUUAUCGAGACAGGAAGAAAAUUCACUGCGUCAAAGUUUUCUGAACUUCGUGCUGUUCCACAUAGUCUUCUUGUCGUUUGUCAUGACAUCUUCAUAUUCACAGAGAUUGUUGCCUUGGCUUUUCUGGCUGGGCGGUAUGGCUUUUCUCAGUGUUCUCCAUGACGUUGUGCACCAACGAUUCAAAUUCGUUUCCCCUUCCGCUGGCCGAUUCGGGGGACGCCUCUCCUGGGCAUGCUUCAUCCUAUUCGUCUUUUCUUCCACCAUUUUCGUAGCUAUCCUCCGCUGUAAAUCCAUGUUCGAUCCAAUUAUCUGGUAUUUUUUGCUGACCGAUGCUCUUCAUACCUUCGUCCGCGCUGCCCACGCUUUGGCGCGUUGUGUGAUCGCUUCCGGCGUCGUUGGAAGCAAUCCGGAUAAGAUACGGCACCUCACCUACAACUUGGAUUUGAUUGGUGGAAUCACCGCCGACGGGAUCCUGUUGCUCAAUUAUGCACGUCUGAUCGUCUACCAGCACCUGUCGUUGAACUUGACGACCAUGUACUUUUUCUACAAUCUUCGCCAAGCCUAUUUGUCUAUCACUGACGCGCUGGGGAGACAUAAGAAGCACAAGUUGAUCUUCACACAUAUUCAGUCAUCUUACCCGCUACUCGAAGAGCCAUCCAACGAGUUGUGUAUUGUUUGCUGGGAGCAGCUGAGUCGAGCCAGACGGCUGCCAUGCGAGCAUCCAUUCCAUGACUGGUGCCUGAUGUGGUGGCUCGAACAAGAUCCUUCUUGCCCAACUUGCCGCCGUCCCGUCUCGACGCCGCAGCCCGUGCAUGCGCCACCCGCUCCCCGCGCCGCGCAAAUGAAUGCCCAACUGCGAUUUGGUGGCCACGGGGUCGGCAACAUUCGGAUACCAGCAUUCUCCAUCGAGUUCUCACACAACUUCCCCGUGCUUUUUGCGCGUCAACCGGACGAGAGUCAACUCAACAACCUGGCGCAGCAGGUGCGCGACAUGUUCCCUCAAAUCGGGUUGGACCAGAUAAUGGCUGAUUUGCGCAUGACUGGUAAUGCCCAAGCCACCAUUGAAAACAUCUUAGAGGGUCGUUUGGCGAUGGUUCAAAUGGAGGUUGAGGAAGAAGAAGACGAGGAAGAGAUCGACGAUACCCCCAGGGUUGAUGAUAUUGUGACAGCUCAGGUUGAGAAUAUCUCACAUCGGGUACACACGACGUCUGUGUCGUCCGCCAAAGACUUUGACCCGGGCACCACAUUUUUCCAAAGAAGACGCGCAGAGAUGAUUGCUCAGCAGCGAGGACUCUAUAUUCGUUCCGCACGCGGUAGUGACCUGCUGGCACGCGGGAUCACCGAU